AUGAUCACUAAUGUUCAAACUGAUCGUGCUUUCCACAUACCCUUGUAUGCGUCUGACACAAAUUCAGACUGGAAUUUUGAAUGCUUCAUUGGUGCUGUGGAGAUAUUCUUGGGAUUGUCCAGAAUUACCUGCAACCAGUUGGCACGUCUGAGGAAUCCGUCGAGGCGCAUCCCCUUCUCGCUCACUCGCAUUUUGCCUUCAGGAGCUUUGGGAUUGGGGCUGUUGAUUGUGCUUUUGUUGUCGCCAGUUUCUACCGAAGCAAUAUGGGGUGGUAGAAACGAGGAGGCUGCUACUGCAGCAGAAGCUGCGAAAGAGUACGCCAAGGGGGCGGUUCGGAACACAGCAGACGCCGCUAGCAAUGUUGGCAAUAGCAUCAAGCAGACAGCGAACGCAGCUUUCGAAACGGCAGGAGAUGGGGUUAAGGUGGUCACUGGAGGUGGGAGGGAUCGCUCUUCCAGUGGACCAACUGGAGCUGCUUACCGAGACAGAGCAGGAAACUACAUUGCUGAAGCAGCCACCGCGGCGCAACGUAGAGCUGCCGACGCCGCAGCAGCAGUAAGGGAUACUCCAGUUGGUACUGCGCAAGCAGCCCGGGACACAGCAGCCUGGGCUUACGAUGCGACAGCUGAUACUUCUAGCAGCGCGAUGAACAGAGUAAGGGGGAAACAAGAUCCAGAACCAACUUACACCCAGCGUGCCGCCGAUGCUGCAAGAAGGGCUGCUCAGAAUAUGCAAGACGGCGCUGCGAGGACGUACGAGACGACCACCGCUCCUGUGAGGGACCACGUAAUGGGUUAUGGACAGGAAGAUAAUCGAGGAAUUUUCGACAAAGCUAGAGACACCGUCACCAAUGCCGCAUACCGAACAGGCGACUCCUUAUCACGGGUUGGACAGGCAACUAGAGACACUGCAUAUAGAACUGCAGGCUACGAAGCCCCGUCCGACAGAGGGUAUGCGUCGAGAGCAUACGAUUAUGCGCGUGAUACUUCAUCAGAUGCUUAUGAGACCGGAAAGAACAAGCUUGGCAGCAUCAUCGAGAUCUUGGGGUGGCACAAAGCGGCUGAUGACGACCACAGCUAUCUUAGAAACUACUCCCCUUACGACGUCAUAGUUGGAAACACAAGAUACGUGUGGCAUCAAGCACCUGAAUCUGAGUCUUUCCUCCAAAGAGCCAGGAGUAAGGUUGCAGGAGUAACGGAACCGGUUGUAGAGAAAGCUAGCCAGGCUGCUAACACUGUGUAUGAUGCCGCUGGUCGAGCUAAGGAGUCUACGGGAGACAUGGCGGGGAAAACUGGAGAAGCUGUCUCUGAUUACAGUCAAAAAGGGAAGGAGGUGCUCGCUGCAGGAGCAGCCGCCGUUGGUGCGGACAAAAUAGCCAAGCCCGGGUUCUGGAGCAAAUUUUGGCGCUUCAUGCAUCUCCUCACCUGGGGCGUGUCGUUCGGAACAGCUGUGUGGAUGACUUUCAUGUCGGGUCGGGUUCUCUCCCAGAGCAUGCCCGGGGAGCAGUUUCGCCAGGUGCAAACCAAGAUGUUCCCUUCGUACCUCCGGUUCUUGACUUCCGCUGAAGGUUCACUGACAUUCCUCUACAUGCUUAUGAGCAUCGCUUCAAAAUGGCAGAUCCUGAACCUCCUCAUCUUGACCAGUACCACGGCUUACAAUGCCUACGUCCUUGAACCGGAAACGACAAAGCUUUAUCUCGAAAGAAUGAAGUUGGAGAAAGAGGAAGGGAAGGGAUUGACUUCAACAGAGAACAAUGUCGGCAAGGAGCUUGCUGGAAAGAACAAGAGAUUCAAGGAAUUGCAUGGAUAUUCAGCUUCGUUGAAUCUUUUGAGUUUGGCGGGUUUGGCAUACCACGCCUGGAACUUGCUUUCUAAGCUUCACACGUAGAUCAGGGUUCCUAGAGUGUUGUGUGUUAAGCAUGUAUAUAAUGUGGUUGAAAAUUCUCCAGCAUAGUUUAAAUCAGAGAUAGAUAGAGGCAUACCUGAGCAAGUAUCUAUGAUACUAGAUGAAACUUUGAGGCAAGUCUCCAACCACAAUAGUAAUUUUCUAAACAUUACCAAUAUGUUGUAUUGUGCGUAUGUUGCCCCAAGCACCAGCAUCCCCAGCACAUCAGCAAUAACAUCAUAUAAUUUUGCAACACG